GUAUUGUCCUACAUUUAUACAAUACAUAAUGCAGACUUCAUAAUGAGCAUGAUGCAACAAACUUAAACACACGGAGAAAAAUAUGGCCAAGCAAGUGGAGCAGUAUCUACCAAUUUUGGAUGAGCUUGAGAAACCAGGUAUCGACAGCGAAGGAGUGGAAAAAGUUUACGCAAAAUGGGCAGAAGAAUAUGAUAAGGAUAUGGUAACUCUAAAUUACACUCAACCAAGUGUCUGUGCAGCCGAAUUAGAAAAAUGCUUAAAGAACAACAAAGAUGCGCUUAUUUUGGAGGCCGCCUGCGGAACCGGUUUAGGGGGUAUAGAGCUGACAAAGCGUGGUUUCCACAACCUCCAUGCCUUCGACAUGUGUAGUAAAAUGCUUGAAAAGGCCAAGCAGAAGAACAUCUAUAAAAAGGUUAUGUGCAUGAGGCUUGGUCCUGAGGGUCUGGAUAUCCCUGAUGACACGUACGAUGCGGUCAUGAUGACAGGAGCGGUAGGUAAUGCUCAUAUAGAUGGAAGCUGCUUGGGAGAAUUCAUUCGUAUUGUUAAACCAGGUGGUUACGUGGUGAUGGACACUAUUGGGAAAUACCUACAUGGCAGUGAAUAUGGAGGCAAAAGCUGGGAUGAGGUAAUCGAUGACUUCCUGAUGGCAGGACGCUGGGUCACGGUGACCAGAAGACAGGUGGAGAACGCGUUUAACAGUCUGGACGGGACGCAAUACGCUUUUCAAGUGAAGUAAUGUGGUAUAGGAG